CUGGUUGAACUUGAAAGUUAAUAUAGUAGAUUAGUUGUUUUAUAAUCGGAUCGGAUUAGAUUCGGAAAUGCUGCGGCUGAGGGCGUUUCGAGUGACCAGUGAUAAGAUUGUGAAGAUCGCGGUGCACCCGACGCAUCCGUGGCUGGUAACCGCCGAUGCCUCCGAUUAUGUCUCCGUUUGGAACUGGGAGCAUCGUCAGAUUAUUUAUGAGUUCAAGGCCGGCGGCGUCGACCGCAAACGUCUUGUUGGCGCCAAAUUGGAGAAGCUUGCUGAGGGCGAUGCCUCCAAAGGGAAACACGCGGAGGCCAUCCGCGGAGGGAGUGUUAAGCAUGUGGCCUUUUUUGAUGAUGACGUACGGUAUUGGCAACAUUGGCGUCGCCGUUCCGCAGCAGUGGAGACGGCUUCCGCUGCCUAUAGAUUGGAUUCCGAGUUUCAGGCUUCAUCGAUAAAAGGACAGCAUUUUCUCGUCAUCUGCUGCGAAAACAAAGCCAUCUUUCUGGACUUGGUCACCAUGCGUGGCCGUGAUGUACCCAAGCAAGAGCUCGACAACAAAUCGCUUCUCUGUAUGGAGUUCCUCCCUUGGUUGUCUGUUGGAGGUGGUCCUCUUGUUGUUUUUGGUGGAUCCGAUGGUGGUAUUAGGAUCCUUUCAAUGAUGACAUGGAGGCUUGCAGCAAGAUGCUGGGGUGGUCAUAAAGGAUCAGUUUCUUGUCUGAUGACAUUCAUGGCUUCUUCUGGUGAGGAACUUCUUGUUUCAGGUGGCAGUGACGGUGCACUUAUGAUUUGGGGUGAACACCAAGGUCAUCAUGGUUCACUAGAUCUUGUAGCCAAGCAAAGCAUGAAGGCACAUGAUGGUGGAGUUGUUGCCAUUGAGCUUUAUAGAGUAAUUGGGGGCAGUCCACAUCUUAUUACAAUCGGUGCAGACAAGACAUUGGUUAUAUGGGAUAUAAACAAAUUUAAGGAGUUAAGGCGAAUUAAACCUGUUCCGAAGCUUGCAUGUCAUAGUGUGGCGUCUUGGUGUCAUCCUAGAGCUCCAAACCUUGAUAUUUUAACUUGUGUCAAAGAUUCGUAUAUAUGGGCUAUCGAGCACCCGGCCACUUCAGCACUUACAAGACCAUUGUGUGAUCUGUAUUCACUUAUUCCUCCUCUUAUAGUUGCAACAAGCAAGAAACUCAAAGUUUAUUGCAUGGUUGCACAUCAAUUAAAACCUCAACUUGUUGCUACUGGGACCAAUGUUGGUGUUAUUGUCAGCGAAUUCGAUCCAGGAUCUCUUCCUCCUGUUACUCCUCUCCCAAUGUCAGCCGAAAGUCGAGACCAUUCUGCUGUCUGCAUUAUAGAAAAGGAAUUGAGUCUGUUAAACUUUCAGCUGUCCAACAUGACAGAUCCAUCACUUGGAAAUAAUAGCUCUUUAUCCAAUACAGUAAAGUUGACUGGAGAUUCAUUUGAACCAUUGCGUGUGACUCAGACUAAAAAGCGCAUUAAUGCUCCUGUUCCUCAUAAUGCAUAUUCAGUUCUUUCAGUAAGCGGUUCCGGAAAGUAUGUUGCAGUUGUGUGGCCUGAUAUUCUUUAUUUCUCAAUCUACAAGGUCAGCGGUUGGUCCAUUGUUGAUUCAGGAAGUGCGAAGCUUCUGGCUUGGGAUACAUGCUCUGACAGAUUUGCUAUAUUAGAGUCCACAGUACCUAUGAGAACGCCCAUUAUUCACAAGGGAAGUUCAUCAAGAAAAGCUAAAGAAGCAGCUGCUGCAGCAGCAGCAGCUCAGGCAGCAGCAGCAGCUAACUCUGCUUCUGCUAAUGUUCAAGUUCGCAUUUUGCUGGAUGAUGGGACAUCGAACUUGUUAAGGAGGUCCAUAGGUACCCGCAGUGAACCGGUCACUGGCCUGUAUGGAGGGGCACUAUUUGGUAUUGCCUAUCGAAUAUCUCGUACAGUUACCUCUGGUUCUUCAACAAUUCACUCUAUGCUAUCGUCAGGAUAUGGAAGUAGUGGUUCUUAUGAUGAUGGAUUUUCUUCUCAGAGAUCUCAUGCUAAGGCAGUGCCGCAAAACUUUCAGUUUUUCAGUUGGGAAACUUUUCAACCAGUUGGUAAUCUUCUCACUCAGCCACAGUGGACUGCAUGGGACCAAACCGUUGAGUACUGUGCUCUUGCUUAUCAGCAUUAUAUUGUCAUCUGUACAUUGCGGCCCCAGUUCAGAUACCUUGGAGAUGUUGCAAUUGCUUAUGCCACUGGAGCAGUUUGGCAAAGGAGACAAUUGUUUGUGGCUACACCAACUACAAUUGAAUGUGUUUUUGUGGAUGCUGGAGUUGCACCUAUUGACAUAGAAACAAGAAAGAGAAAAGAGGAGAUGAAACUAAAAGAGGCACAAGCAAGAGCAGUCGCGGCUCAUGGAGAGUUGGCUCUAAUCUCUGUAGACGGUCCCCAAACUGCUAAAGAUGAAAAAAUAACGUUGAGACCACCCAUGUUACAGGUGGUUCGAUUAGCUUCUUUUCAGCAUGCUCCUUCUGUGCCAGCUUUCUUGUCAUCUCCAAAGCAACUUAACGUUUUGGGGGAUGUCAUAGAACAAAAAAAGGUUAAUGAGAUAGCUGUUGGUGGUGGGGGGGUCACAGUAGCCGUUACUCGUUUUCCAACCGAGCAAAAGCGACCAGUCGGACCAUUAAUUGUGGUUGGUGUCAGAGAUGGAGUUCUCUGGCUCAUUGAUAGGUACAUGACUGUGCAUGCUUUGUCCCUAAGUCAUCCAGGCAUUCGUUGCCGGUGUCUCGCAGCUUAUGGAGAUGCCGUUAGUGCAGUGAAAUGGGCAAUUUGGCUUGCCAGGGAACAUCAUGAUGAUUUAGCUCAAUUUUUGCUUGGAAUGGGCUAUGCCACUGAAGCACUUCAUUUACCUGGCAUAUCUAAGAGGUUGGAGUUUGAUUUAGCCAUGAAGAGUAAUGAUUUAAAAAGAGCUCUUCAGUGUCUUCUUAAAAUGAGCAACAGCAGGGAUAUAGGACAGGAUAAUCCAGGGCUUGAUAUGAAAGAUAUCCUUAAUCUGACUGCUAAUAAGGAAAAUUUGGUUGAGUCUGUUCAAGGAAUCGUAAAAUUCGCCAAGGAGUUUAUGGACCUUAUCGAUGCAGCCGAUGCUACUGCUCAGGUCGACAUUGCUCGUGAAGCUCUUAAAAGGUUAGCCACUGCAGGUUCAGUGAAAGGAGCUUUACCGAGUCAAGAUUUAAGAGGACUUGCUCUUCGCCUCGCAAAUCAUGGAGAGUUGACACGCCUUAGUGGUUUAGCAAAUAACUUGAUAUCCCUUGGAUUGGGUCGGGAAGCGGCAUUUGCAGCUGCAUUGUUGGGAGACAAUGCUCAUAUGGAGAAGGCAUGGCAGGAUACUGGGAUGCUUGCAGAGGCCGUUUUGCAUGCACAUGCUCAUGGGCGAUCGACUUUAAAGAACUUGGUUGGGUCUUGGAACAAAGUAUUACAAAAGGAGGUUGAUCGUAUUCCGACGGCAACUACUGAUGCUACUGCUGCAUUUUUGGCUUCUCUUGAAGACUCGAAACUUUCGAGUUUGUCAGAAGCGCCGAAAAAACCACCCAUUGAAAUCUUUCCUCCUGGGAUGUCAGUACUCUCUUCUUCAAUUGUUAUUAAGAAAACUCAUUCUACAGCACAUACUUCCCAGCAACAAUCCUACAAACCAUUGGCGAUAGAAGGACCACAACCUGGUGGACCGAUUGGAGCACCAAUAGGUGCAGUACCUCCCAGUACAUCAGCUGCACCACCAGGCACACCAAUAGAACCACCACCUCCCGGUAAACCAGAUGCAACACCAGCUCCUGGUGCACCAGCUGCUACGCCAAACACACCGACAGGAGCAGAACCUGCCACACCAACUUCUGGGGCACUAGCUGCAACAACAAGCAUGCCAAUAGAACCACCACCUGGUACAUCAGCUGCAACACCAGGUAUGCCAAUAGGAGAACCAUCUCCUGAUGCAUCAACUUCAAAAAAAGGCACGGCAAUUGGAGCACCACAUCCUAGGGCAACAGCUGCAACACCAGUUACAAUAAGAGGAACACCACCAUCCGACACACAAGCUGAAACACCAGGAACGCCAUUAAGAACACCGUCUCUUGGUGCACCGUAUGGAACGCCAGACACAUCAACAGGAGCACCAACGCCUGAUGAACCAAUUGCAAAACCAGACAUGCCAAUAGAAGCACUACCUCCCGGUACACCAGCUGCAACACCAGAAACCUCAAUAGGAUCUCCACUUCCUGAUGCAUCAGUUGUAACAUCAAGGACUUCAAAAGGAGUGCCACCUUCAGCUGCAACACAAGGUAUGCCAAGAGAAGUAAAACCUCCCGAUGCACCAGAUCCUACACCCGGAAAGCCAAUAGGAGCACUACCUCCAGCUGCAACACCAAGCAUGCAAACAGAAGCACCACCUCCCACAACACUAAAUGCUACACCAGGAAAGCCAAUAAGAACACCACCUCCAGGUGCAACACCAGGCACACAAACUAGCGCACCGCCUCCUGAUAUACUAGAUGCUAUGUCAGGCAAGACAAUAGGAGCACCGCAAACAACAGCACCAGCUCCCCAUGCACUGGAUGCCACAUCAAGCAAUCCAAUAGGAGCCCGACCUGUCGGUGCACCAACUGCAAAACAAGACAAGUCAAUAGAAGCUCCACCUUCUGCUGCACCAGGCAUGCGAAUAGGAGCAUCACCUCUCAAUGCACCAGCUGCAGCACCAGGAAUGCCUAUAGGAGCAUCAUCUCCCGGUGCACGUACUGCAACAUCAGGCACACCAAUAAGAGCACCAUCUCCCGGUGCACCGGCUGCAACAUCAGGCACACUAAUAGGAGCACCAUCUCCUGAUGCACCGGCUGCAGCAUCAAGCAAACCUAUAGGAUCACCACAUCCUGGUGCAACGGCUGCAACAACAGGCAAAUCAAUCACAACAACACCUCUUGAUACAUCUACUGCAAUACCAGGAACACUAAUAGGAGCACCACCACCUAUAUCAAAAGCAAGUGAACCUGCUUCAGGUGAUAAAGUUCCUAAUACCACAUCAGGGAGAAACCAACAUAUGAUUGCUUCGGUAGAAAGCAAUCCGGCUACAUCUGCCAGCGAUAAACCAACACCAGAUGCGACUAUGUCGGAUAAACCGUUAUCAGAGGUACCAACUGUAACACCAGGUAACCAAGAAACAAGUGUUCCAACUACAGUCCCAGAAACUGAACCACUUCCUCGAUUCUCUUGA